AUGAAAUCUUUACAUAAUCCCAUUGUUUCGUCGACUUCAACUUGGGAAACAACUUCAAACUCAAAUUCAAACUCAUCUUCCACAUCAUCAAAUACCUAUAAUAUUCCUACAGUAACUGAGACUGUUCAAGAUCAACAAUCACAUAAAGUGACACAUUCCUCAUUGAUAAGAUUACAGAAAUUACAAUCGCCAACAAAUUCAUAUUUAAAUGAUAUAAUAUUCAUAUUCCUCAUUUGCUCAAGUCAAUUCAUCACAUUAGCUUCCGCCUCUCAGGCAAUCUUACAAAUGGAUUCACUUUCCGUAUGGUUUAAAAUACCACCUACAUCAACAUUACAACUAGGUUGGGUCAAUGCAUCCUUCGCCAUGACAUGUGGAGCUUUCAUAAUACUAGCAGGGAAAUUAUGUGAUAUUUUAAAUCCAAGAAUAAUAUUCAUCUCAGGGUACGUUUGGUUCUCUCUAUGGACUUUAAUUACUGGGUUCGCUUCGUAUGUCCCCAAGAAUAUGAUCUUUUUAUAUAUUUGUAGGGGUUGCCAAGGUAUAGGAGGUGCUCUUUUGUUUCCCAGUGCAUUAAUCUUAUUAAAUCAAUAUUAUACGGUACCAGAACCAUCGCCAUCGCAGUCCCAGUCGAAGUCCCCUACAACUUCAGCUCCGUCUCCAUCUCAUGAUAUAGAAAAAAAUUUAUCAUCAGAUGAUGAUAACGACGGUGAUAGUUCUAUUGCUGAUGACAGCGAUAUUAUUUGUACAAGUAAAUCAAUUGCAUUCUCAUUAUAUGGUGCAUGUGCACCUUUAGGAAUUGUCAUUGGUGGUAUAUUUUCUGCAAUUUUCACACAAUUGGCCACAUGGCCUUGGAAUUAUUGGUCCAUGUCCAUCGUCACCACACUCUUAAGUAUCUUAAGUUAUUUUUACGUUGUAGUACCAAUCCCAGUGGAAAAAUUAGAUUCAAAUCCCAACUCUUUAAAAAAUUGGAAAAAUUUCGAUUUUCUUGGUGUCAUUUUGGGGAUUAGUGCAUUAAUUUUAUUUGGUGUUUCGUGGGAUCAGGCAACAAUGUAUAAAUUCAAGACAAUCCAUGUUUAUCUAACAUUACUAUUCUCGUUAGUAUCAUUUAUUGCAAUGAUCAUAUGGGAAUAUUAUUUUAAUAAUCCGAUAAUACCAAUCAGACAAAUUCAUCCAGGUACAAUUAAAGCCUUAUUAGUGGUAUUUUUUUCAUACAUUUCAUUUACUCAAUGGUUAUUUUAUACAUGGAAACUAUUUACAGAGGUGAAAGAUAACUCACCGAUAUUAGGUUCAGUGAAAUUCAUCCCUUUAUCUGUUGCAGGGAUAAUUUCAGCCACAUUCUCGAUCCUAUUAAUUGUCAAGAGAGUCCCCGUUCAAAUCAGAUUAUUAGCUGGAGCAAGUUCAUUCCUUUUAUCUCACAUUUUGUUAUUAACUUGUAAAUUAGAUUCAUCAUAUUGGACAUAUCAAUUCUUUUCCAUAAUAAGUAUAUCAAUUGGGUUAGAUAUAUCAUUCCCAAGUGCCACAUUAUUGUUAACGAAUGGGAUCCCACCAGAGAUUCAAGGUAUAUGUGCUGCGCUUGUCGGGUCAGUACUAAAUUAUGGUACAGCCAUUGGUCCACCAAUUGCUCAAACUAUCAUUCAAUACCAAUGUGAAAGUUGUAUGAGUGAUCCACAUGAUAAAAAAGCAUUUUUGAAAGGUAUUCAUAUUGCUGGUGCUGUUGGAGUUGGAUGUAGUGGUAUUGCUGUUUUGAUUGGAAUUUAUGGGACCAUUACUGAAUAUUCAUGGAAGACUAAGGGGUUCUCCAAGAAAUGUAUCAAAUAA